CAGUUUUGGUGUAUCAAACUCCAUAGAGACACUUCCUCAAAAAAAAAAAAAAAAAAAAAAAAAAAAAAAAAACUCCAUAGAGACACUGUCACGGUAGAAAUAUCCGACAAAACUCGAACAAGACAACCAGACAAGACAAUAAACGACUUGUCGUUGCUGAUCAACCGUCAAAGAUUCGCCGUUUAUGCAAGUUUUACCUCAAACACACCGAAUUGUUAACCAACUUUACCAUAUCAAACUUUCAAACUUCAAACCCCAUAGAGUCUGAGACAGUUUAGCGGCCAAUACAGAAGCUCUGAAAUCGCAAUCAAUCAAAACCCACAUGGAAUUGAAGGAUGAUAUCUCAGAUUUUUGCAGAUUGCUACUUUUGAUCCUACUAAAAAGAAGAAGAAAAAGAAAAAAGGUCUGGGUUUUGCUGAUGAUUCUGUGGAUAAGUUGACUGAGAAAACUGAAAAUGUGGGAGGUAGACAUGAACUCGGCAAAACAAUUGGUAUUUACCUUUUCCUCUUAUUUUAAGCCUAUAAGCUGUGCAAAUACUUGCUACUUGUGUUGCUUUCAUUUGGAGACUUUUUUGGCUUGUUCACUGCAGUAUCUGAUGAAGAGGAAGUUCUUAAUGAUGAAAAUGUCGACUCUUGGGAGGAUAUUGAUGCUUCUUAGUAGGAUGUUCAAUAUCCUCCGCGAAAAUAAUCCUGAGCUAGCAGGAGAUAGACGUAGGACAGUUAUAAGGCCUCCACAAGUUCUACGAGAAGGCACGAAGAAGACAGUGUUUGUAAAUUUUAUGGAUCUCUGCAAAACGAUGCAUAGGCAGCCAGAGCAUGUCAUGACAUUCUUACUGGCUGAAAUGGGGACAAGUGGAUCUUUGGAUGGGAAACAGCGGUUGGUCGUUAAGGGUAUAUUUGCUCCAAAAAACUUUGAAGGGAUCCUGCGAAGAUACAUAAAUGAGUAUGUCAUGUGUAAUUGCUGCAAAAGUCCAGACACAAUUCUUACCAAGGAGAAUCGUCUCUUCUUUCUCAGAUGUGAGCAGUGUGGUUCUAGCCGGUCUGUGGCCCUCAUCAAGGCUGGUUUUAUUGCUAGGGUGGAGCAUCGGAAGGCUGGGACAUGAUUCAGUAUAUCAUAUUUUGUCCUUCUGAAGCAGCCUAAUGUCAAUUAUGAAGUUCAGAUUCUAUCUUGAAUUUUGUAUUGCAAUCCUUAAUUCCUUAUUUUGACUUUUGAAUUUCUUUUUCCUUUAUUUAUUUUUUUUUUUUUUCCCUUUCUUCUCCUGUUAUUUCAUUUACAAAAUUUUGAAAUUGAUAUUUCCAAUACUAGCUAGCAAUUUCCUAGCACUGUAGAAAUCAUUAAAAUGAAAAUUUAAGCAGUUAUCCAGUUUCUAGGUUUCC